GGGGCGGGAGCUGCGCGCAGAUCCCACGUGUGACGCCAGAGCUCUCGCUUCGGUAAUAUUCCUCGAGUUGGGGCUGCAGUGCCCGUGAGUGUUUGUAUGCGUGUGUUUGGAGUUGGUAGGGUUUUGAACUAUGGAAGCGGACGCGAGUCAACUCACCUCCGGGAGCCCGAAUGAUUCGCAACACGACCCGGGUAAAAUGUUUAUCGGUGGCCUCAGCUGGCAAACCUCACCAGACAGCCUUAGAGACUAUUUCAGUAAAUUCGGGGAGAUCAGAGAAUGUAUGGUGAUGCGCGACCCCACUACCAAACGCUCCAGAGGGUUUGGCUUUAUCACGUUUGCAGAUGUUUCCAGUGUAGAUAAAGUCUUAGAGCAACCACACCAUGAAUUAGACUCCAAGACGAUUGAUCCUAAGGUCGCCUUUCCUCGACGUGCUCAACCCAAGAUGGUAACAAGAACAAAGAAAGUAUUUGUGGGUGGAUUAUCAGCGAGCACAGUUGUUGAAGAUGUGAAACAGUAUUUUGAACAGUUCGGAAAGGUAGAGGAUGCCAUGUUAAUGUUUGACAAAACUACAAACAGACAUAGAGGCUUCGGGUUCGUGACGUUUGAGAAUGAAGACAUUGUAGAGAAAGUCUGUGAAAUUCAUUUUCACGAAAUCAAUAAUAAAAUGGUAGAAUGUAAGAAAGCCCAACCAAAGGAGGUGAUGUUUCCUCCAGGCACGAGGGGAAGGGCGAGAAGUCUUCCGUACACCAUGGAUGCCUUCAUGCUGGGCAUGGGCAUGUUGAGUUAUCCAAACAUCGUGGCAACGUAUGGUCGUGGAUACACAGGAUUUUCUCCUAGCUACAGUUACCAGUUUCCAGGUUUCCCAGCGACGGCGUACGGACCUGUGGCGGCAGCAGCAGUUGCAGCGGCGCGAGGCUCAGGUAGGGCGACCAGGGGAAGAAGCGGCUACAUGGCGUACCCACAGAACGCAGGGCCAGGGUUCCAUGAUUACGGCUUUUAUUCUGGGCCCGGUGACCAGCGCGGCGCUCCCUGCUCCUUUGCCGACUAUGCCACCCUGGGGCCCCAUACGGGUCAGAUGCUGCAAAGCGAGCACAUCACCUCUACCUGCAACUCACCCUCCCAGCACCACCCAAGCCCGGACCACUUUAAGAACUCAGGUGCUAAUCCUCCCCGACCUGGAGGUUUCCCCGUUGCAAACAGUCCUGGACCCGUGGCAGACUUGUAUGGCCCCAGCAGUCAGGACUCAGCUGUGGGAAAUUACAUCAGUGCUGCCAGCCCCCAGCCGGGCUCGGGGUUCAAUCACAGUAUCGCAGGUCCUUUGAUUGCUACAGCAUUUACAAAUGGAUACCACUGAAAGCUAACCGGAGCGGUGGCAC